ACCAAGACGUUCAUAUAAAAAGUGAACAUGGAAGUUGGCGAGACUUGAACACUCUCUUAUGGUUUCUUCACAGAGCAAGAAUCAGUAGCUCAGACGGUCCUAGCCAUGGUGGGGAAAUUCGGUAUAGCGGGCGCCCUCAGUGUUUCAGAUCUGUACGUGGCUGAGCUUCUGCCGACCCAAGUCAGGAAUGUGGGGUCUGGAAUGAACGGUAUGGGGUUUGGUGUGGGAACCACUUUAGCCCCAUACAUAACGCGGAUUCAGGACUUCUGGCCACCAGCAACCAUGCUUAUCUUCGGGAUUCUUACAAUCUUGGCAGCUAUACCAGUGUUUCUGUUCUUGCCAGAGACUAUGGGUAGAGACCUACCUACUACUAUCGAGGAAGGAGAGAACUUCACGAAAAGGCCACAUAAAAAGGAAGAAAAAGACGUGGUCACUCUGGGUGUCAGUAUGGUGUCAGUUGAAGUACAGGCCAAUAUGAAAAGAAUCAAGCAGAGUGAAAUUGACAAUGUUGGAGACAAGUGUCAGGAUGAAGAAACAGUAGAUCUCUAAUCUCUUAAAUGCUGCUGUAAAAAAUAGGGGAAAAACCUAGAAGUCACGCACAAAUUAAGCGUUCGGUUGUUUGUAAUUUUGCUGUGGAAUAUGCUGUGGGCCCUACCGAUAAGUCCAACUCAGGUCUAUAAACGGAUACUUAUUAUUUUGAUCAAUAACUUACUGAACAAAAUGUGUAAACGCUCUCGUAUGUUACUGAUCUAAUACAAUAUUUACGAAAUAGUUUGAAUUAAAAAGGUUUCCCUUUUAGUUUUUGUAUAGCGGAACUUAAUAAGCUGUUUUCUCCCGCUCUCUUCUUAUGUGUAAAUAACGUGAAUAACUAGGGCUUUUUAGACACUGAUGAAACAGUAGUUUAUGAAGUAGCUUUCGAAUAACUAUAAAAUACGUAGUAAUAAUGCAGUACGAGAAGAUGUAUACUGCUUAAACUCUGCUGUUACUUUUGUAGUUUCUACACAUUCAAUUUGUUUUCUCCUAAUGCAUCUUCAACUUGUGUCUUUUUCUUCAAAGAAAGAAAAGAAAUUCAAAGAAAAAUAAACGCCGUAUUGUUAACAGGAUAUGUCAUUCCAAAAAUGUCAAGAAUGCAUGGAUGGUGGACAAGACCGUUUGGAUUACACCAUUUCAAAAUGGCGGUAGAACUUGCUACUCACCUGUUUUCUUCUUCCAAGUUAUGCACCAACUUCAUAAUGGUUGAAGACUAAGGCACAUUGUUGGGUGCGCAGCAUCCAUGUGGUUGGAGUGCAUAGCCUCCAUAGCCAUGUCUGCUCCUGGUUGUCUGAUCUCUCAUACAUAUGGCGUUUGCUCCUUGUUUGGACGGUCUAGCCUGUUGCCUGUCGGUUCUCCACUGGCUUUGUCUGAUUUUGGUGGAGUCACUGGUUGUCUGACUGACUGUGUUACUUAAUACACACGAUGACUUAAAAAAAAUUAAAUAAUUCCAUUAGACUGGAUCCUUUUCUCACUCACUGUCACGUGUGAAUGGGAGGCGCCAUUUGAGACGCUUGAUGGCGGCAACCAGUCCUUUUCCAUUGUGUGCCAUUUUGAACAUGCGUACAGUACCUAAAAAAUUACGUAAACUGAAAAUGACCAGUGCGUUUGCUGCUACCAAAGUACCAAGCGUCUCAAAAAGCCUCCCAUUAGACUUACUUAAACUCUGACAGUCAUCAUGACUGGCAGUUAAAUCUCCCACUGACAGUCAUCAUGACUGACUGCGCCAUUUUUAUUUAGACUGGUACAUCUCACUGACUGACUGACAAGUUGAACACACAAUACAUGGCUUAAAGGAACAUUAGUUUUUGCUGUAAUUUUCAGAAAUGAAUGGAUUUGAGGCAGUAGCGUAGCACGGUCUUUUUAUUG